AUGUCUACAGCGCCGCCCCCACCUACCAUCACGCAAUUGAAAGAGCGCUUCAUCUCCCGCCAGAUUCACCUGCUCAGCAGCCCCGUUGACGUCUCGGCAGCCUUCCGCACAGCGAACAACCGCGCCGACAAGCCAUUGGAGCCGCGACUCCUCGAAGCAGCCGUCGCAUAUGUAGACAGCACGGUCCAGGAGCACUGCCGCCGCAUUUUCGUGCCGCAGGCCACCCGCGCGGUCUCCGAGCAAAUCAACGACAGCUAUACAAAGGAGGCGGAGCGGAAGCUGCAGCGGGAACAGGAUGAUGAAGAUGGAGUCGGGAAAGAGUUGGAUCUCUCCGAUCCAGAGGUGAUUGAGUCUCUCCCCGCGACAUGGAGUUCUGAGAAGGAAGCCAAUAAACAACCAGCAGAGGCCAAGCGAUACAGCGACGGAGUACAAAGCUUAACGGACCUCAAUGCGCAGCGCAAGGAGGUGAAACUGCGCGUUGAACGUCUUCGCCGCCUCAAGGCCUUGAUUGCGCCGCUGCAGACGCAAGACGGUGGUGCCGGCGUGCAGGAGAAUCUGGCAACCCGCAACGGCGCCCUCGAGAAGGAGCUGGAGCGGACCCGGAUGUUGCUUCUGCGUGUAGCCGGUCGCGUGGAGCGGCUCUCUGAUUCGGGUGAAGGACCGGGGCGCGAGAUGCAGAAGGAGAGUGUCCCUACUAACGUGCUUCGGAAGAGAACGGUUGAAGAGUUCCUGGCUGAUCCCAAGGUGUUUCCGAACAAGAGAUAA